AUGAAAAGAGUGGGUCAGCCCCUAGACAUUGCCCGUGCGGUCGCAUUCCUGGCAUCUACUGACUCAGACUUUAUUACCGGCGCUAAUAUUGUGGUCGACGGAGGCUUUGAAUUCACAAAUGACUAUCCUAUAGAGGACUAUAAAGCGGUCGCAAAGUCCCGUAACUUCACGGGGAAAGUGGUUUUAGUGACCGGUUCCUCGUCGGGCAUCGGAGAGGGAAUCGUUAAACUGUUCUCAAUAUUAGGGGCUAAUGUUGUGGUCAACGGCAGAAAAGCACAAGACGUCCAACGAGUGGCCAAAGAGGUGCAGGAAUUAUCGCCUCUAAAAUUAAAGCCAUUAGAAGUUGUGGGAGAUUUGACCAAAAGCUCUGAUGUAAACAAUUUAAUCGAUUCUACAGUCAAAACAUUUGGCAAAUUAGAUGUGUUGAUCAAUAACGCCGGUAUAUAUCCGGUUAACAACAUUACAUCACCGGACGUGUUAUCAGUUUGGGAUCAGACAUUUGGCAUUGAUUUACGCGCUGUCGUAGAACUCAUUCACCGAUCGGUUCCACAUCUGGAGAAGACUAACGGAACUAUUAUUGAUAUUUCAAGUGUCGCUGGAAUUGCACCGCUCAAAUUAUCAAUUGCCUAUGGUGCGGCCAAAGCAGGUAUGGAUAUGUUAACCAGAAUAUUAGCCCUGGAAUUGGGGCCCAAAGGUAUUCGUGUCAAUACUGUUAAUCCGGGUGUUAUACAUGUGAGAGACCCUCCAAACCCUCUCGAAGUAGUGAUGGAAAAGGCGACGCCAUUGGGAAGAGUGGGUCAACCCCUAGACAUCGCCCGUGCGGUCGCAUUCCUGGCCUCCACUGACGCCCAAUUCAUUACCGGCGCUAAUCUGGUGGUCGACGGCGGGUCUAUAUUUAACUUAGGUGUUGCAAAUGUAAAGUUAUAAAUUAUGUUGAUUAAACCUGAUGUUAUUAUAAACAUUGCAUAAU